AUGGUAGAAUACCUUCAAAAGAUGAAGACUUGUGAUGAUAAUCUCCCAGUUGCGGCACACCCUGUCAUUGAUGAUGAUCUUAUAUUAUAUAUUCUUGGAGGACUUGGAGAAGAAUAUGAUGUUGUGGUUUUCUUCGUCACUUAUAGAGCGGAAUUAAUUUCCUCGUUCGAUCUUUAUGGCUUGAUUUUAAGUCAUGAGUAUCAUUUGGAACAAGGAUUAGGCCAAGCCAACUUGUCUGCUAGACAAUCCAAUAAUCCUAACUAUGAAAAUUCAUUUAAGAAGCCUAUUAAUUUCAAUAGCAAUCAGGCUUAUGGUGGCAGGUCUAGACGAGGACGAGGUCGGGGUCGCAACACUGACUCAUCCAACCAAAAUCAGGGUCAAGUUUGCAACAAGUUUGGACACUUGGCUCUAAAUUGCUACCACCAUUUCGACCAUGCCUAUCAAGUUACAUCCAAGUCGCACAUGAAUGUUCUUAUUGCACAGCCUUUCAUGGUUGGAGACUCGAAUUGUUACCCGAAUUCUGGAGCUACUCAUCAUUUAACUAAUGAUUUGCCGAAUAUAGCGGUAAAAGAAAAGUAUCUAGGAAGCGAUCAAAUUCAUGUUGGUAAUGGCUCAUGUUUGACAAUAUCUCAUUUUGAUCAUUCCAUCUUACCUUUAGUUAGUUGA